ACAAGAUGGGUUGAAAGCAAUUGAUUGUGCUAUUCAAAAAGUUCUUGACAGUAUCAAGUAUGUCAAGGGAUCACAAUCAAGGAAACAAAAAUUUUUAGAUUCAAUAAAACAGAUGUCUUUGGAUGGUAGGAAGGGGUUGAGACAGGAUGUCCCUACUAGAUGGAAUUCAACUUUUCUUAUGCUUGAGAGUGCUAUUUUCUAUCGUCGUGCCUUUUGUCAUUUGGAAUUAACUGAUUCCAAUUUUAAACACUGUCUAUCAAUAUCUGAGUGGGAAAAAGUGGAGAAGAUUAACACUUUCUUGGAAGCUUUUUAUGAUGUCACUUGUGAGUUUUCUGGAACCAAAUACCCUACAGCCAAUUUGUACUUUCUAGCAGUGUUUAUGAUUUAUUUGACAUUAAAACAACACUCUGAAAGUGAAGAUGACUACAUGAGGAAUAUGUCUUGUCAAAUGCUUGCGAAGUUUGAGAAAUAUUGGUCUGAAUUCAAUGUGCUAUUGGCGAUAGCAGUUAUAUUGGAUCCUCGAUACAAGCUUCAUUUUGUUGACUUUUCUUAUACGAAGCUUUAUGGAAAUGGUUCCCUGGAGUUUUUAAAUGUUCGUACCAAAAUGGCAUCUCUUUUUAUGGAAUAUAGUUCUUCUAGUGCUCCCACAAGUUGUACCACGACUUUUGAAAGAAGUUCUAGUAGAACGGAAAGUGAAUCUUCUUCUGGUAGAUGGAAUAGAGUCAAUAAACAAGUAUUUCAGGAAUUUGAUUCAUUUGGAAGUAAUGAUCUCACUGCCCAUAUGCAAAAAAGUCAAUUGGAGCUGUAUUUGGAUGAACCUAGGACAUAUAGAAAUGCGAAGAUUGAUAUUCUUUCCUUUUGGAAAGGAAAUGAAUUUCGUUAUCCUGAUCGUGCUUAUAUGGCUCGUGAUAUUUUGAGUAUUCCAGUUUCCACAGUUGCAUCUGAAUCUACUUUUAGUGUUGGUGGGCGUAUUAUUGAUAGUUCAGGAGUGCAUUGAAACCAGAUAUUGUUGAAGCAUUAGUCUGCACAAGAGAUUGGUUAUAUGGCGAGAAAGCCGAAGUCGAGGGUAACAUUAUUA